AUGUCUGAAGAAAUAGUGUCUGAAGAAGAAUAUACCAUUCAAGUAUCUGAAAAAAAAGAACCUUUAGUGAAAUGUGAUCAAAUGUUCUUAAAAGUAGUAGUUCAGACUAUACAAUUCGACCGAUCUGGAGAAAUUCCUGAAGAAAAAGCAAAAAUAAUAGAUUUAAUCAAUGUUUCAGAAUUUAUAAAACCUAUAAUUGAAUUUGCAAUUAGUAAUAUACGAUAUUUUGUUAACAAAAAUGAUAGAG